AUGAGAUAAUCUAUGUGAAAGCACUUGACAAAACGCACUUUAAAAAUGAAAUGAUUUUUAAGCCGUUAAGAAUGACUCAGAAAUAUAAUGUGAUCUGUACACGUGUUUGUUCCUUCAUUAAAUGAAUCCAGCAAGAGUUGAAAGAUGUACCAGACAAUCACCUGUUAUGCAAGUCACUUUAGUUUGAAUAUGAUUCAAAAUCUGUAGGUCCUCACGUGGGGACUCUUCCUGCUUCUAAUGAAAGCUUAGGAAUUCCACCUUGAUCUUGUUUUCCUGCUCAAAAGCUCUUUUUAGUUACUUCUUUAUUUUGAGGUCUGUCCAGAACCCUGAGGUUUCUCCAAGUCUGACCACUAAUCAAUGAACCAUAGGUGCCCCCUUUUCCAAUAAUUUUAGCAGACCUCCUAAUAAACUCCCUAGAUGAGAUAUACUGCAUCAAAAACAAUGCCGCAACAAGGGCUUUGAGAAGUGCCUCAGAGACCUCUGUCCUUUUGGAAGUCUCCUACCAUCUACCUCUCCACUAAAGAUGGACCUAAAACUAAAAACUCCUAAAUUCUUGUAUAGUCUCCAUGGCCAGGUCCCAGGGCUGAUGGACUGGGACAUGGCGAAUAAGAUCCUCCUGCUGUGCACCACAGACCAAUGACCCGUAGCUGAGCAGGACCUUACCAAAUACAGGCUUCAAGUAACGGAACCCCGAAAGGUGCCUCAAGAGAGGAGACCCAGUCUUAAUAAAGAUGGCCCUGACGUUGAAGCCAACCUGUGGAUGAGUCCCAACAUUGUGUACUCCCUUGGCAGCCAGGAGGCUGCAAGACCCAGUAAGAAAACGGAUCUAACAAGCAUGUUUCCUUCACCUCAGCCACUCCCAAAGGACAAAGAAUCUAACUGCUCAGAGGCCACAGUAAUGGAGUCCCUGCCAUCCUCCUCCAGUGAGUAAUCUACACAAAAGCAGUUCACCUCUUCCCCCAGCAACUGGGAGCUCACAGAAGAGGAUACUGAGGAACAAGAUAGCAACCCUUCUAUGACCCUCCAACCCCCUAACAAAGGGGAGUGCUUCCAGAGCCAGAAGCUGUGGCAAGGCAACAGCCAGGAAAGGAGGUCCUCCAUGGUCCCCCUUAAUUACAGUCACCUAAUUGCCCUGGUGUCAAGAAAUAGCCCACCCUGUGACCUCAGAGUGCAAGAGGUAAGUAUCACCUGACAGCAUUUCCUCUUUUUCUGGACAGCUCCAAAUGGCUGGAAGAACACCAUCAGCCACAACCUCUGCUUCCUGGGAAGCUUUGAGAAGGCCACAGUCAGCUUUCAGGAUGGGGCCAAUGCAAGGCCGUGGUCUGGCCUCUGGAGGCUUACUUAGGAGAAACACCAUCAUUUUCAGGAGGAGACUCGUGCCUUAGCCUCUGCUUGAAGGGAGAGCAUCCAACAGUGAAUGAGGCAGCCAGGUGUGAUGACCUCACUCUUUGACCUUUGA